CAUUUAAAGCGAAGAGCGAAAAGAGUUAUAUGUCUGUGCAGCUCCUCUUCGGGAAUUGGAUCAUUUUGAGUUUAGUCGAAAGGUACCCGUUUCGCACAACGCACCUAUUGUGUCACUUUUCGGUUGUGCCGAGUGCCCACAAAUUUUGUGUGUGUAUAUAUAUAUACAUUUGUUUGUGUUCAUGUAGUACCUACGGCUCGAAAAUGAUUAAAAAUCAGACAAACAAUAGAAUAUAUUCGGAAUAAGUAUCGCACACUUGAAAAGGUCAACCAAAUCUGUUGUACUCGAAUACCAGCAGAGAUAGGCAGAAAACAUGCAAGAAGUCUUCGAAUUACGCAGUUAUAGGAACUUGUCGAUGGAGGCCGGCUUAUAAGAAAUUCAAUGAUAAAUAAAGUGCGGAAGGUAUGUUUAUACCAGAUACACUGAGAAGCUGUAUGAUCGAGACGGACGUAUCUUCCUAUUUGCAAACAUCUUCGACCGGACAGGAUGAAUUUCACCCCUUCAUUGAGGCAUUAUUACCAUACGUCAAAUCAUUCUCGUACUCUUGGUUUAACUUGCAAGCUGCUAAACGCAAGUAUUACAAGAAGCACGAAAAGCGUAUGUCCUUGGAAGAAGAAAGGCAUUGCAAGGACGAGCUACAGAAUGAAAAAACAGAAGUGAAACAAAAAUGGGCUUCCCGUCUUUUGGGUAAAUUAAGAAAGGACAUAACACAAGAGAGUCGGGAGGAUUUUGUUCAAUCGAUAAUCGGCAAACGCAAAUCGAUUUGUGUCCUCUCCAAUCCCGACCAAAAGGGCAAAAUGCGACGCAUCGAUUGCUUGAGGCAGGCUGACAAAGUCUGGCGCCUGGACCUGGUUAUGGUUAUCCUAUUUAAGGCCAUACCAUUGGAGAGUACGGAUGGAGAGCGCUUGGAAAAGAACCCAGAAUGCCUUCAUCCGGGUCUAUGUGUGAAUCCAUACCACAUUAACGUCUCUGUCAGAGAGUUGGACUUGUAUUUGGCAAACUUUAUCAAUACGCAUAACUCAACGAUAAAUCCAGUCGCAAAUUCCACUAUGACAAGAUCAGCCGCCGUUUGUGGUCACAAUCGAAACAAUAAUUUGUCAGUUGACAGAAAGGAAGAUGCUGAGAAUGAUGCAAAAACGAAAAGUCUAAGACAUAAUCCAUACAAUGGAGUUGUUUGCAACGAUAUUAUUCUGGCAACAGGAGUCUUUUCAUCGCAAGAACUCUGGACACUAUCCAAAGAUUCAAUACUCGAUGAAAUAAGCGACAAUAGCUUGCAUACGAACAUCAUAAAGCGGGAGAAUAUGGGAGCUGCCUUUGACUGCAACACAUACCAAUUGACCCCAGAUUCGCCAAUAUCCAGCUCACAAGGUCGGGCUCAGGCGGGAGCUAUUGUCGCCAACCCGAUUCCAGGUGGUUUUAGCAUUGACUUUGUCGAUCAGAAUCAGAGAAGUGUGCAUUUAUCGACAUCUCCCAUGUUACGGGCGGAUACAACAAAUGGUUCCACCGAUGCAUGUAAGAUAGAUCACAGCUCUUCGCCGCCAGCUAUUUCCCGUACAAGUACAAGCACGGACAAUUGUACAACCGGCAGUUUUUCCGUGAUUCUUCGAUCGGCAGAUAACAUCAAUUCCAAUGGCGAGCCCGCGGCUACCUCUGAAUCUUCUUCAAUAUCUCUGCAUCGAUACACCCCAUUAAACAGCAGACCAAUUGCAACAACUAUGGCACCAAUUCGUUCAACAGAAGCAAUUCUGCACCAUAACUGUUCCACGUUUCUGGCCACCUCUGUUAGCCCAGUCAAUACACUGUAUUAUCCGCAGCAUAGCAGCCCAAGACUUCAGCCACACACUACGAUAUUAGAUCAGGAGCAUGAGCAUGCCCAAUCCCAGUCUGAGCAACAACAGCAAUCAGAGCCUCAUGACAUUGCCGAUUUUGUCACAUACGUGUGCCAGGAUGGGGGCCAUUCAACAACCUUAACUUCUGAGAAUCCCGUGUUUCAGCACCCUCACUCGCAUCAACUGUCCGCGCACAGCCACACCCACUCGCCACACUAUCAGAUACACCAACAACUCAGAAAUUCAAAACUGGCCACGGCUGCACCCUCGACGCACUAUCACAGCACAAUGCUGCCGCCCAUGCUGCCGCCGAUGGCACGACCUGUGGCCAUAAUUCGAACCAGCGGAGAUUUGGCAAUGGUUCAAUCACCGCCAUCGUCUGCGGUUAGUCAGUCUUCAAGCCUGUGCGUACCGAAGACCGGUUUGGUCGAUGAUGAGAAUAGAACUAUUAAUUCUAUGGAAAGCAAUCACAGUCCGAUUAACUCCGAUACAGAUCCUAAUACUAACGUCGACUGCACAACACUUGUCUCAAGAACCUCACCACAACCACAUCAAUCGCCGAGCCCUCAUGUUUCUACCGAAGAUGCUCGAUGUAAAAUGUCGCUAAAUUCUCUAACUCGAAUCGCAGCGCCAAUGUAUCCUUCAACUAAUAGUCGGGAGUACUUUAAUCACUUUCAUUCUCAAUCAACAUCGUUACUUGGAUAUGCCGGAUCUAUUUCCACAAUGUCAGGUGUUAUAAGUCCUACAAAUCUAAGCCUAUAUUCAACCCCAACUAUGGCUGUGACCUCUGCACACCGUUCAAGUAUCAGAUCCCGUUGGAACAAUGGACUUCCAGAAGACGAUUUUAAUUUAAUUCCGCACUCUGUAGCUAGUACAAAUAUAGAAAAUACACAGGUUAUAUUAAUGGAAGAUGCAACGGGUCGUUUUACCGAUGAAUACUCAACAAAUCCAAAUCGGGAUUACGUAUCGUGAGCUAUUGACAGAAUAUCAACAAGCUGGGCUUUGGGCAAGCCAUAACUGAUAUAUAUAUAUAUAUAUAAAUAUGUUUAAUGGCAUAUGUCAACAUCAUCUAUUUUUAAUUAAAUAAUUUUCAUUUAAAUUUAAGCAACUGUACAUAGAACAUCUAGAAGUUAAUGCUAUUUUAAAGAAAACGUACCUUAGAGAAUUCUAUAAAAAUAAGCACCAAUAGGUGUAUCUCAACACAUAUAU